AUAAUGGAAAUUAAGGAGCUACAUUGAAAUUUUCAAUCAUAAUUUACAGCCAAGAAUUAAGGAAAACACGUGUUGGGCAAUGCAAGGGUUUGAGAAGCUAAAUAAAUCUAAACAGAUUUUGGAAAGUAAUCUGCAUCUCAAACAUAAUUGACAUCAUUAGUUCAAUUCAGUUACACUUCAGAAAAGUAAGAUAUGGAUUCUCAGAAGGCAAGCUACAACGCUGGAGUGACCAAGGGCCAAACUCAGGAAAAGGCCAGCAACAUGAUGGACAAAGCUUCUAAUACUGCUCAGUCAGCAAAAGACUCCAUGCAAGAGACUGGUCAACAGUUGAAGGCCAAGGCACAAGGAGCUGCUGAUGGUGUGAAGGAUGCAGUGAACAAGUGAAGAAGAGUGGAUCAUUUUAUUGGAUUUGUUUUCCCUUGACAUUGCUACAUGCCUGGUUGAUUCAAUUGUAGAUUUUUAUAUAUAUAUGCUCAAGUUAAUCUCGGGCAUUUUCAUAAGUUGAUUUCAUUUUAUAGCAAAUGUAAUCAUUAAGUCACCCAUAAGUCUAGUGAAAUUAAAUUCAUUUGUGGGUAUCUAGUUUCAAAUUCCAAUUUAUCGAUAUCCCUGAGAACGUUAACUUCAAAUUACACAAAUGAUCAUAUGAAUUCAAUAG